AUGCUUCGAAAUCCUCGGUUCUGGGAACCCUUUGGAGAUCUCCAUCGCCUUCCAGACCUCAGCGCCAUCGCCGGAGCUCUGCGCCGCUGCGGCCGAUCGGGGGCCUCCAAUGGCGGCAGAUCGCUCCACUGCCUGCUGCUGAAGAAUGGGCUCUCCUGCAACACGUUCCUGGCCAACAGCCUCAUCGCCAUGUACGCCGAUCUUGGAGCUUUCUACGACGCGCAAGUUAUGUUCGAUGAAAUGCCCGAGAAGAACGUGGCCUCCUGGACCGCCUCCAUCGCCGCCCACUGCGACGCUGGAAAUCCCUCUCGAGCUCUGGGCACCUUCUCUCUCAUGCUGGCCUCUGGACCAGAGGAGGCGCCGCCCAACUCCUUCACCCUCUCCGCCGCCCUGAAGGCCUGCGCCAUGGCGGGCGAUCUUCGACUCGGCCGGCAAAUCCACGGCAGAAUCGCCGCAGCCCAUCUACCCUCCUCCGACACUGUUCUGAUGAACUCUCUGCUCGAUUUCUACGUCCACUGCGGGGAGCUCCAAGAAGCCAGGAGGAUGUUCCACGGGAUUCCCUCCCCCAACGCUGCUUCUUGGAACACAAUGAUCGGUGGGUACUUCAAGGUGGAUCGAUCAGAAGAAGCGGAGGCGAUCUUCCUCGACCUCCCGGACCCUGAUGCUGUUUCCUUCAACACCGUCAUCGCCGGCUUUGCUCAGAAGGAGAGCCCCAAGGCUCUGGAGUACCUCUGUCUCAUGCACAGAGACGGCCAUGGCUUCGACGGGUUCACCUUCCCCUGCGCUCUGAAGGCCUGCGGAGGUCUGGGAUUUGCAGAAAUGGGGAGACAGAUUCAUGGCUGCCUGGUCAAGUCCGGCCUUCGAUCCUCCCACUGCGGGUCAUCUCUGAUCCACAUGUAUUCGAGCUGCGCGGCGAUGGAAGAAGCCAUGAAAUCUUUUGCAGAGUAUGCGGACUACGGAGGGUGCGCUCGAGAUCUCCUGGCACUUUCCAACGCCAUGGUCUCCGGUUUCGUUUCUAAUGGGCUCUGCAGAUCUGCUCUCCGCCUGGUUUCCGAGCUCCACCGCAGGGGCUUCGCUCUUGAUGCCUACACUCUCUCUUCUGCGGCGAGGGCCUGCGCUGACUCGCAGGAUCCACGCUCGGGGCUGCAAGUCCACGGCUUGAUCGCCAUUAAUGGGCAUCUGUCGGAUCCAGUCAUGGGGACCCUCCUCGUGGAGCUGUACACCAGCUGCGGAGAUCUCUGGAGGGCGUUGACGGUGUUCAAUGAUCUUCCUCGCAAGGAUGUCAUCUCUUGGGGAGGGAUCAUCGCCGGCUGUGUCGGACGAGGAUCGAACCAGUUAGGGUUUUCUCUGUUCAAGAAGAUGAUGAAGAUGAAGGGCGGACAGGGAGAAGCGGUAGCAGACCAGUUCAUCCUCUCCAGCGUCCUCAAAGCCUGCGCCGGCGAAGCGGAGCUCGCCGGCGGCCGGCAGGUCCACGCCUUCACCAUCAAACUCGGGUUCGCCGGCGAAGACGCCACCGCCACCUCUCUCAUCGACAUGUACUCCAAAUGCGGCGAGGUAGACGACGCCAUCGCCAUUUUCAGAGCUCCGAUUUGCAGAGACACCGCCUGCUGGACGGCGGCCAUCGUCGGCUGCGCCAUUAACGGGAGACCCCACGAAGCUUUAGGGUUUCUGCGGGAGAUGGCGGAGCUCGGGAUGAAACCCAACGGGGUCACCUUCCUCGGUGCCCUCUCUGCUUGCCGCCAUGCAGGCCUGGUCGGAGAAGCCUGCGAUCUCUUCAGGGCCAUGGAGGAGGAGCAUCGGGUGGCGCCGUCGCCGGAGCACCGCCGUUGCUUGGUGGACAUCCUCUGCAGAGCAGGGCGAGCCGGAGAUGCCCAGAGAAUACUCGACGAAACGCCUCAUGGGGACGACGAGUACACGUGGAACUCUCUGCUAGGUGCGGUCAACGGGGCGGAGGAUAUUCAGGGUCUUGUCGGGGCCCACCUCCUUCCCGUUGACACGUCGGCGCACGUGACGUUAUCCAAUAGCUUUGCUAGAUUUGGCAGGUGGGAGGAUUCGGCCCUAGUCAAAGGCGGUCUCAGAAGGAGAGGAUCAAAGAAGGUACCCGGAAUGAGCUGGAUCGAGAUUAGAGCAUAA